AUGCGUACCUCUGUUCUCGCACUCGUCGUCGCUCCCACUGUCGUGCUUGGCCAAGUCCCGGUCUACGGCCAGUGUGGAGGCUCAGGAUGGACUGGUGGUACGACAUGCGCUUCUGGCUCCGUGUGCACCAAAAUCAAUGAUUUUUAUUCUCAAUGUGUUCCUGGAUCUGGCGCAGCUCCCACUACUACCAACGGCGGCGGCGGCAGUAGCCCUGCUCCUACUGGAGGCUCAGGAGCUGCAGGUGGACUCCACGACAAGUUCAAGGCCAAGGGAAAGCUCUAUUUUGGUACCGAGAUCGACCACUACCAUCUGAACAAUGCGCCUUUGACUACCAUCGCGAAGAACAGCUUUGGACAGAUCACGCACGAGAAUAGUUUGAAGUGGGAUGCUACUGAGCCACAACGCGGGUCAUUCACCUUUAGCAACGCUGAUGCUGUCGUCAACUUUGCCACACAGAACGGAAAGUAUCUACGUGGCCACACCCUCCUCUGGCAUUCACAGCUGCCGUCAUGGGUCACCCAAAUCAAUGACCGCAAUACACUGACGACUGUCAUUCAAAACCACGUGACUGCGCUCGUCACGCGCUACAAGGGAAAAAUCCUACAGUGGGAUGUUGUUAAUGAGAUCUUCACUGAGAAUGGUAAUCUUCGAGACAGUGUCUUCAGUCGUGUACUUGGCGAAGACUUUGUUGGCAUCGCCUUCCGCGCCGCCCGCGCCGCUGACCCCAACGCUAAACUCUACAUCAACGACUACAACCUCGAUAUUGCCAACUACGCCAAGGUUACGACGGGUAUGGUGGAGCACGUUAACAAGUGGGUGGCACAGGGUAUUCCCAUUGACGGCAUCGGCUCACAGUGCCAUCUCGCCCAACCUGGCGGGUGGAACCCCGCCUCAGGAGUUCCCAACGCCCUCAAGGUACUGGCCGGUGCCAACGUCAAGGAGAUUGCAAUUACAGAGCUCGAUAUCGCGGGCGCGGCAGCCAACGAUUACCUCACCGUUAUGAAUGGCUGUCUCGCCGUAUCCAAAUGUGUGGGUAUCACUGUAUGGGGCGUGUCAGACAAGGACAGCUGGCGCAGCAGUGACAGACCUCUCUUGUUUGACAACAACUACCAACCUAAGGCGGCUUACACGGCCCUGGUUAACGCCUUGUAA